GUCUUGAUACUUCAUUAACGUGAAGCAUGUUGCUCAUUAUUAUUCUUGAAAGCUUAGUCUUCAUAGUUGAUUGAGCCUCUACUUAAUAUUCCGUCCGGUAAAACUCCAUCCAGAGACACCCAUCUCCUCUGCCGCACAUCAGACCCGCCUGUCUUCAGACUGAUAAUCACAAGUGACCCGCAUCUAUCUGUAAUGUGAAUGCAUAUCUGUCCUCCGGAAUGGCACGCAUGUUCUCACCGGUAUGUUUUUUACACGAGUCUUCUGCAAAAACAACAACAAACACGCUGACUGAUGACGACGGCGCUCGGCGCAUGUGUACAGGCGAAAUAAACCACAUGAAUUCUGACCUGACUCUUCUCAUUCAUGAAUAUUGGAUACGUAUCUGACCUAAGACCAUAUUUGUAAAGAUCGGAUUUCUGUGUCCACAAAACUCUGAAAACUUCAGAUCUGAGUCACAUUCAGGCAAAAAAAAAAAAAUCAGACUUGAGUCACAUCAAGUCACAUCAAUUAAAGUGUUGCUAAGUUGUUUUUAGAGCCUGGAGCUGAAUUUGACUUUUUAUUGAACCUGACAAAGAUUACAAAAGAACUUAUUACCAGGCUAACAUGAGGAAUGUAGGUUGUGAAGACAGGCAUCUGGUCCGCCUGUCACCACCUCAAACGUCAUCCUGCAAAUAUCAGCCUCUCUAAAAAGAGAACUGAUUCAGAAUAUAUUGUCUUAAUGGACGUCAAAAAAUCGAUUCUUGUAUUAUGGCUUUUAUGGGACUUGAAAAUAUUUGUAAAAAUGGCCACUGCUGACAUGCUGAUCAUACACAAGAACAAUAUAUGCAAAUACAUUUCUGAGACAUAUCCAGAUAUUUUAGACAUGUAUUUAAAUAUCAAAAAUCCAUCGCAACGGAGCACAAUGGACAAUCCGCAGUGCGGCCUUGUAUGGUAAAGAGGACUUUCUUUACCCUGAAAACAUUAAACAAUGUUAAGACUAUGAGGGGUUUAAGCAAAGGCAGGUAAAUGACACUGGAGCAAAGAAAGACUUGAACCAAACUCGGAGAAACACAGAGUAACAGCAAACAAGAUCACGUAAAGCAUGUACAGCAGAUAACAAAGAGGAAACAAAUGCAGUAAUCAACAAGAUACAUGGACCAAACAAGGGACAGGUGUGAACCAUCACAAUAAACCAAACACUAAAGAAUAGAGGCAACAUGGAACAGGUGCAGGUCAUUCACAAUCAAUCACAAUUCAAACACUAGAUAGGGGUUGGCCAGUGACACUGGCUGAUCAAACAGGGAAACGACGAACAGAACAGGAAAGGAACUGAUCCUGACGCUACAUAUGCAACACACAUAUCCCGUUCACAGUAUAAAUGGGAUACGCAAGCCGUGCAGAGCGAGACACAAGGACCGAGAUUGAAGAACACUGACCAGACAAAGGCAAAAGGUUGGAUGUGAAGCAACCACUGUGUUCUGCCGUCUGUUUGAAGCUGGGAGGUGGGAAGGAGCGACGGAGCGACCCAAAGGCUGGAGGAGCAGCAGGCAGCGAGUGUGGCGGAGCGGAGGCAGGCGGUAUGAGCGGCCAGAGGAUGUCGUGCUGUCGGGACGGAGCUGGGACGCGCCGCUGGCUGACGCUGGCCUCAGGGCUGCUGGAAUGCCUCUGCUUCGCCGGCAUCAUCUUCGGCUGGGCCUCGCUGGUCUUCGUCCUGAAGGCGGAGGGCUACUUCGGCAACCUGUGCACAAAUGGGACUGCAGUCAAUAGCAGCGAGAGCGUCGAGUGCAACAGCCAGGACGACAAGUUUUCCCUCGUCUUCACCAUCGCCUCCUUCCUGAACAACUUCCUCCUGUUUCCCAACGGAUUCUUCUUUGACCGCUUUGGCACUAUGGCCACGAGGCUGCUUGCAAUAGUGCUGUACACCACUGGUGUCUUGAUGGUCGCCUUCUCCAGUGCAGUCACACCCAAUCUGCUCUUCCCGGCGAUGUCCUGCAUUGCAGUAGGGGGUGUCCUCUUUCUCAUGACAAAUAUGCAGGUGGGGAACCUCUUCGGCACGCACCGUUCCACCAUUAUAACUCUGUACAACGGUGCCUUCGAUUCCUCCUCCGGCAUAUUGCUCAUCAUUAAGGUGCUGUUCGAAGGAGGGAUCACUCUGCAAGCUUCCAUGCUCUUCCUCGCCGGCUGUAGUGUCAUUCAUCUUCUCCGCACGCUGUUCCUUAUGCCAAGGGGUCACAUCUCCCACCCCCUCCCGGAAGGUUACACCUAUGGGAUUGGUUGUGGCCGGUCCAGGACUUAUAAUAUGUCGGCAGUGGGGAGGCCUGACUACCGGGGAGCCGUGCCGGGUGAUGAGAUGUCAGACAACCUGCCCACUCAGACGACAGAACCAACUAGAACUCCCAAUACGGAGAAAGUGGCUAGUGUCAGGAGCUGCAUCCUGUCCUGGUUCUUCAUGCUCCACCUGGUCUGGCUGUCCAUCAUGCAGCUGCGACACUAUCUCUUCAUCGGGACACUCAACCCCAUGUUGAUUCGGCUCACUGAUGGGGACCCCACCCUGGUAAGCAAGUACACCAACGCCUUCGCAUUCACCCAACUGUGCGGGAUUCUCUGUGCUCCCUGGAACGGCCUCAUCAUGGACAGGAACAAGGGGAAGCCCCGCGCUCCAGGAGAAACGGAGCAGGAGGCCGACGUGCGAUCCACGGCACUCUCCCUGUUCAUUACCGCCACGCAGUGCCUGCUCUUCUCCCUGUGUGCCUCCCUGCCCGUCCUUCCCCUCCAGUACCUCACCUUCGUCCUCCAAGUCAUCAACCGCUCCUUCCUGUACGGCGGCAGCGCCGCCUUUAUCAGCAUCGCGUUUCCUGCCUCCCACUUCGGGAAGCUGUAUGGGCUGAUUAUGGCACUGUCGGCACUGGUGUCACUGCUGCAGUAUCCAUUCUUCACCCUGGUCCAAGGCCCCCUGAACAGAGACCCCCUAUAUCUGAACGUAGCCUUGACUGUUCUCACCACACUGACUUUCAUCCACCCGCUAUACGUGUUCAUCCACUGCCGGCGGGCAGCCGCUCGAAGAAGGACGUCGGCGCAGUGAAUCGCUGCCCCGAUGGAUCCAGGAAUGAGAAGCACUCCCACCGGAUGGAGAACGUCUGACUCACUCGCCCUGUUUUUCCAGUAAAGGGACGGGAGUCUGCACCGAACCGUGGGAUCUUUUCCGUUUGUGUCCGACACACAAACACGCUUUUUAGGAAAGUACUUAUGGGCCGAAGCCAAAAUAUACUGAUUCAUUUAUCCUUUAGCGGAAGGCGGCAUUACUAUUACUAAUACGCAUGUGAUUGGAUGGGAGCACUGCGUAGGUAUACAUAUAUAACCAAAGACAUUUAUUAUUUUUUUUAUAGGAGGGAACUGAAGAAAUGUUUUUGUCAUCAUUCAAAAAAAAAAUGUGAACUGCUAUUGAAAAUAAAUGAAUUUGUUAUAGAA